UGGAGCACCUGGUGUCGCGCCACGAGCGCUCUCUCCGCAUGACCGUGGUCAAGCGCCAGGCGCAGUCCCCGGGCGGCGUCUCCUCCGAGGUCGAGGUGCUCAAGGCGCUCAAGUCGCUCUUCGAGCACCACAAGGCGCUGGACGAGAAGGUGCGGGAGCGGCUGCGGGUGGCGCUGGAGCGCGUGGCCGUGCUGGAGGAGGAGCUGGAGGUGUCCAACCAGGAGUCGCUGUCCCUGCGCGAGCAGCUGUCGCUGUCCCGGCGCCGCUCGGGACUGGAGGAGGCGGCCACGGACGGGGACAGCGCGGCCAGCCCCGAGCGCCGGCGCGAGGCCGAGCUGGAGGCGUCGCUGGGCCGGCAGCGCGUGGCCGCCCUGUGCCGCCAGCUCGGCCGCCUGCAGGACGAGGCCAGCGCUGCCCAGAGGGAGCUGGCCCGAGCCCACGAGGCGGGAGCCAAGCUGCAGAGGGACCUCAAGGAGGUGGGACGACAAAAAUGGGGGAAAAACGGGAAAAAACGGGAAAAAAUGGCGAAAAAACGGCCAAAAAUGGGAUAA